GUCAUUGCGUCAGGUCAUUAAGAAGAUAUCUGCAGAUCUUGAGAAUGAAGGUGAUGGUGCUGUUGUUAGAAAAAGCAUCACCAAGUGAGUUUUUUUUUCUCUAUUUCUUCAUUUUUCUCAGGAAAAAUGGUUUGCUUGACAUUCAAGUUUCAUAUCUGAUCUUAUUGGGUUAACAUUCAGGAUUCACCAUGAGUUAUUGGACCCGUUUGUAUCACUAGUAGAAUUUUCCGGUAAUGUUAUUUUACUUCUACAAUAUUUAUGUUUACUUGUCAAAGGAUAAUCUAGUUAGCCAUUAUUUUUUUCUUGAUCAGUUUCACCUCUAGGUGGAUUCAGAGACCAUCCUCACAGAGGUCAGAUCACUAAUUCAAUUUUUAUAUAUGUUCUUAUGUACACAAAGCUUUCUCUGUUGCGUAAUGUCUCUGAUGUAAUCAGAUCAACUUUGUGCAGGUUUUGAAAGUGUUACAUACAUGCUACAGGUGACAAAGACUCUACCAUCUUCUUCAUAUGUCAGAGUCUUCAAUCUUGAUGGAGAUUUAUCAUGCUUUUAAUGAUAUGCAGGGAGGAAUCAUAUACCAAGACUUCAAUGGUCAUAAGAUUACAAUCCAUGAAGGAGAUGUUCAGGUGAAGAAAAACAGCAUACAUUUCAGACCAGCUUAAUUUUCUUGUUUCAUUCUUUUGAUUCUGGUUUUAUUAUAGUGGAUGACAGCAGGAAAAGGAAUCAUACAUUCUGAGAUGCCUGAAGAAAAAGUUAACAACGGCUUACAGCUUUGGAUCAACCUCCCUUCCGUUGAUAAAAUGUUCAAAUAGAUUCCAUUCUCUUUCAGCUUUCUCAAUGUUUACUAAGACAUGUGUUCUUUGGUUUUCAACAGCAUUGAUCCAAAAGCCGUAGAACUGUCUAGUUCAGAGAUUCCAAGAGCAGAAGAAGAUGGAGUAGAGGUCAAAGUCAUAGCCGGAGAGUCAAUGGGAGUUCAAUCUCUUUCCUACACAAAAGUACCAAUCAUGUUCCUUGACUUUACUCUCCAGCCAAGAGCUCAAACUCACCAGACCGUUCCAGAGUCAUGGACCGCCUUUGCCUAUGUUAUAGAUGGUGAGGAAGGCGUGUUUAGCACCUCGGACUCUUCCACUGUACAAGCACAUAGUGUUGUGGUGUUUGGAAAAGGGGAUGGAGUUAGCGUGUUGAAUACGUCAAGCUCUAAGCUGUUGAGGUUCUUGUUGAUUGCAGGGGAACCUAUCGGUGAGCCUGUGGUUCAGCAUGGUCCAUUUGUGAUGAACUCACAGGCUGAGAUUGAUCUGACCAUUGGGGACUAUCGCAAUGCCAAGAAUGGCUUUGAAGGAGCUAAGUCUUGGAGGUCAGAGUAAAAAAAGUUUUGAGGGUUUCUUC